AUGUCCAGAUCAAACAGUGUCAGCCCACCCGGAGUCGGUGCGCCCGGGCUGAGGGGAGGGACUGAGCACAGAUCAGCUUGGGGAGAGUCUGAGUCUGUGGCGAACGGGUGCCCGUACUCAGCCAGAUCUCCGCGCAAGAAGCUCACCCGGACCAACAGUCGCUGGAGAGAAGAGGAUGAUCAGGAGCACCGGCAGCCCGGGCGAGCCUCCACAACGGUCAGCAGGGUCAGCUUCACGUCCAGGUCGGCUUGGCAGGACCAUGGUGAGGAGAGCCGAGACAACAACCGCGCGUCCCCUAAGCGUCCUGACGGCGAGGUGAGACCCAAAUCCGUGGAGCUGGGUCUGGAGGAGCGCAGAGGCAAGCCGAGGGCCGACGAGGAGGUGGUCAUGCCCGAAGUAAACUUUUCUUUAGUUGCCUGCUGCAACAGCGUCAUGCACAUUUUUAAAUCCAAGAAAUUCCAGUCGGAGAAUUUGGAGCGACUCUACCAGCGCUACUUUUUCCGUCUUAACCAGAGCAGUUUGACCAUGCUCAUGGCAGUGCUGGUGCUGGUCUUCACGGUCAUGUUAGUCUUCCACUGCUCCGGUGGGACAGCGAGACCCAGCGUUACUUAUGUGGUGGUAUUUUCUGUGGCCAUCUUCCUCACACUCAUACUCAUGGUGGUCUGUAACAGGAACGGCUUUCACCAGGACCAUAUGUGGAUUGUGUGUUACUUGGUCAUCCUGUUGGUGCUGGUGAUCCAGGUGAUCGGCGUGCUUCUGGUGCAGCCGAGAAGUGCCUCAGAGGGGAUCUGGUGGACGGUGUUCUUCAUCCAUGUCAUCUACACUCUGCUGCCCGUCAGGAUGAGAGCCGCGGUCAUCACUGGAGUUAUUCUAUCUGCCAUCCACGUGGCUGUUUCUUGGAUGUUAAACGGCACGGACAGCUUUCUAUGGAAGCAGAUAGUGUCCAACGUGCUCAUCUUCUCCUGUACUAACAUCGUGGGAGUGUGCACCCAUUACCCCGCAGAGGGCUCCCAGAGGCAGGCCUUCCAGGAGACCAGGGAAUGCAUACAAGCUCGCCUUCACUCCCAGAGGGAAAACCAGCAGCAGGAGCGCCUCCUGCUCUCGGUGCUUCCCCGACACGUUGCCAUGGAGAUGAAAGCCGACAUCAACGCCAAGCAGGAGGACAUGAUGUUUCACAAGAUCUACAUCCAGAAGCACGACAAUGUCAGCAUCUUAUUCGCAGACAUCGAGGGUUUCACCAGUCUGGCGUCCCAGUGCACAGCGCAGGAGUUGGUGAUGACUCUCAAUGAACUGUUUGCUCGCUUUGACAAGCUGGCAGCGGAGAACCACUGUCUGCGGAUCAAGAUCUUGGGAGACUGUUACUACUGCGUGUCUGGGCUGCCAGAGGCGAGGGCCGAUCACGCCCACUGCUGUGUGGAGAUGGGGUGUGAUAUGAUAGAGGCGAUCUCGCUGGUACGGGAGGUGACGGGAGUGAACGUGAACAUGCGAGUGGGCAUCCACAGCGGCAGGGUGCACUGCGGGGUGCUGGGACUCAGGAAGUGGCAGUUUGACGUCUGGUCCAAUGACGUCACACUAGCCAAUCAGAUGGAGGCUGGGGGCCAAGCUGGACGUAUCCACAUCACCAAGGCCACUCUGAAUUAUCUGAACGGUGACUACGAUGUGGAACCAGGCGCAGGGGGAGAAAGAAAUGCCUACCUGAAGAAGAACAACAUAGAAACCUACCUCAUUGUGGGAUGCAGUCAAAAACGGAAAGAGGAAAAGGCGAUGAUAGCCAAGAUGAACCGACAGAGGACGAACUCUGUCACCCACAACAGCGGCCACUGGACCGACCGUCCCUUCUACAAUCAUCUGGGUGGCAACCAGAUCUCCAAGGAGAUGAAGAGGAUGGGAUUUGAAGACCCCAAGGACAAGCAUUUCAUAUUCAGAAACGCGCAGGAAAAUCUAAACCCGGAGGACGAGGUGGAUGAGUUCCUGGGCCGGGCCAUCGACGCACGCAGCAUCGACCGCCUGCGCUCCGAACACGUGAAAAAGUUCCUGCUCACCUUCAGAGAACCUGACCUAGAGAAAAAGUACUCCAAACAGGUGGACUCCAGGUUCGGGGCCUACGUGGCCUGCGCCUCCCUCGUCUUUCUCUUCAUCUGCUUCAUCCAGAUCAUCAUCGUGCCACCCUCCAGCCUGAUGAUCGGCUUCUUCAUCACCUGUCUGAUUAUCCUGACGGCUGUCAUGUUCGUGUCAGCUGUGUACUGCUGUUUCGGGCUCUUCCCAAUCCCACUGCAGGCUUUGUCUAAGAGGAUAGUCCAGUCCAGACUGAACAGCACCCUGGUGGGCGUCUUCACCAUCAUCAUCGUCUUUCUGUCUGCUUUCAUCAAUAUGUUCACCUGCAGCAGCCACGACCUGCGUAGCUGCAUCAAGGCUAAGCUCAACAUCAGCCUGGACAUUGUGAACGCCUGCCAUGCCCACUCCCUCAACCUCAGCCUGGAGCACAACCCCUGUGAAGAAGACGCACUCAUCUGCAGCUUUCCUGAGUACUUCUCAUCCUGCGUGCUGCUCAGCCUGCUGGCCUGCUCGGUCUUCCUGCAGGUCAGCAGCCUCGGCAAACUCUUCCUCAUGCUCUUCAUCGAGCUGCUCUACCUCCUCAUCAUGGAGGUGCCCAAAGUGAGUCUCUUCGACAACCAGGACCUGCUGGUCAUGGCCAACGCCAUCAACGAGCCUAUGAAUGGAACAAGCUGUGUGAUGGACUCCAAGGUUCCUCUGAAGAUCAUGACACCAGUGGUCAUCACCGUCUUUGUUCUUGCCCUGUACCUUCACGCCCAGCAGGUGGAGUCCACAGCCAGGCUGGACUUCCUGUGGAAGCUGCAGGCCACAGAGGAGAAGGAGGAGAUGGAGGAGCUGCAGGCCUACAAUCGCCGCCUGCUCCACAACAUUCUGCCCAAAGACGUGGCCGCCCACUUCCUGCAGCGCGAGCGGCGCAACGACGAGCUCUACUACCAGUCGUGCGAGUGCGUCGCUGUCAUGUUCGCCUCCAUCAGUAACUUCUCAGAGUUCUACGUGGAGCUGGAGGCCAACAACGAGGGGGUGGAGUGUCUGCGGCUGCUCAAUGAGAUCAUCGCUGACUUUGAUGAGAUCAUCAGUGAGGACCAGUUCCGUCAGCUGGAGAAGAUCAAAACCAUCGGCUCCACCUACAUGGCGGCCUCCGGCCUCAACGACUCCACGUACGACAAAGCCGGGCGCUCGCACAUCCGCGCCCUGGCCGACUACGCCAUGAGGAUGAUGGACCAGAUGAAAUACAUCAAUGAACACUCCUUUAACAACUUCAAGAUGAAAAUAGGUCUUAACAUGGGUCCGGUGGUUGCCGGGGUGAUUGGGGCGAGGAAGCCUCAGUACGAUAUCUGGGGAAACACGGUGAACGUGGCGAGUCGCAUGGACAGCACAGGUGUACCAGAGAGGAUCCAGGUGACUGCAGAUCUGUACCAAGUCCUGAGCUCCUAUAACUACACAUUAGAAUACAGAGGCGUGGUCACAGUCAAGGGCAAAGGAGAGAUGAUGACUUAUUUUCUCACCGGCGGACCCUCGAGCAGUUAACCCACACUAAAGUGACAGACAGACACACUUUGUAGGCACCUUAGCUCUGCCUCUGACACAGCUAGCAGGCUCACGGACCUCAAAUAGCUCACGGCGGACUGAGACCAACACUCUCUCUUCUCGCAGCGCCGACGUCCCCUCUCGAAC